UGAGAGGCAGGUGAGCGCAGCCAGCAGGUGCGUCGCUCGCACCACCAGGCAGGGCGGCGGUGAUGUCAAAGCGGGAGGAGAAAGGCUGGCAGGCAACUAACUGCUAAGCAACAGGUUCCAGAUCAGAAUCUCCCUUUCGGAGCAUUCUCCGCCGUCCUUGCCCAGUCCUAGGAUCAGGUGGCGCCUGCGGAGACUGAGUCACCCCCUUUGGCCAUGGGGGGCCAAGCCGUCAGCCCCUAUGGGGAGAAGUUGAAACAUGACCCGACUUUCCGCGGCCCCAUCAGAAACAGGAGCUGUACUGACGUUAUCUGCUGCGUUAUCUUCGCGGUUUUCAUUGCUGGCUACAUCUUGGUGGGGAUUCUGGCCUGGCUGUAUGGUGACCCCCGGCAGGCUAUUUAUCCCAGGAAUUCAACUGGAGCAUAUUGCGGGAUUGGCGAAAACCGGGACAAACCUUUCGUUUUCUACCUAAACAUUAUGAAAUGCGCCACAAGUUUCAACCUCAUAUCGGCUGCAAUGAGCGGGUUGCAAUGCCCGACACCACAGAUCUGCGUCCCAUCCUGCCCUGACAAAUUCUGGGCGGUGCCUCCGCAGAUUAUCCGAAAGGAUAAGCCCGAGGACAUAUGGAACCAGACCCUGUGCCAGCCAUCAGUUGACCUGAAGACAACCAACCUGAGUGUGUCAGAAAUUCUCAACCUCCAGCUUUGUCCAGAAUUCACUGUCCCGUCUGAGCCAGUAAUGAACCGUUGCUUCCCUACUUUUGACUCCUCUCAAGCUGAAUCCUUCAAUGUGAGCGGGAUGGAUAAAAACAAAACUCUGGACACUAUCAAGAAUGGCACAGAACAGCUACUACAGUCUAUCGGCGCCAAGAACCUUGGACUGCAGAUCUUUGAGGAUUUCACGCGGUCGUGGUACUGGAUCUUGAUAGCACUGCUGAUUGCCUUGGUCCUAAGCCUGAUAUUCUUGAUGCUGCUACGUUGCAUUGCUAAGACUCUGGUGUGGGCCAUCAUUGUUGGGGUGCUGGUCACCGCGGCCUACGGGAUCUACCACUGCUAUACGGAGUACCAGAAACUCAACCAGGAAGGAGCCACCAUCAAGAAAGUCGGUUUCACCACCAACGUGGGCGCCUACCGCAGCGUCAAGGAGACGUGGCUGGCCGCCUUGAUCAUCCUCUGCGUGGUGGAAGGCAUCAUGCUCCUCACCCUCGUGUUUCUCCGAAAGCAGAUCAUGAUUGCCAUCACUCUCAUCAAGGAAGCCAGCAGAGCCAUUGGAUACAUGAUGAGUUCUCUCUUGUACCCGUUGGUGACCUUCGUCUUGCUGAUUAUAUGCGUGGCCUAUUGGGGUAUUACAGCUCUAUAUCUCGCCACCUCUGGAGCGCCCCUCUAUCGCAUUGUUCCCAAAAAUGAUAGUUCCCCAGACUGCAUAGGGAUCUCUGGGAAUGACAGCUGCAGCCCAAUGACAUUCAACGCCUCCACCUACUGGCCCUGCCUGGUGGAUUGCAUCUUCUUCAAAUACAACGACGAAGGGCUCUUCCAGCGCAACCUCUUCAACCUCCAGAUCUACAACUUUGUGGGCCUCCUCUGGUGCAUUAACUUCGUCAUCGCCCUGGGGCAGUGUGUCCUGGCGGGGGCCUUUGCCUCGUACUACUGGGCCUUCAACAAGCCCCAGGAUAUCCCAACCUGCGCCGUGUGCAGCGCCUUCGUCCGGACGUUACGAUACCAUAUAGGAUCUCUUGCUUUUGGUUCCCUCGUCCUCACUAUCGUCCAACUGAUCCGCAUUGUGCUGGAAUAUAUGGACCACAAGUUAAAAGAUUCCAGCAACGGGGCUGCCAAGUGCCUGCUUUGCUGCAUGAAAUGUUGCUUUUGGUGCCUGGAGAAAUUCGUCAAGUUCCUCAACAGAAACGCCUACAUCAUGAUUGCCAUUUAUGGAAAGAAUUUCUGUGUGUCGGCCAAAAAUGCCUUCAUGCUACUGAUGCGUAAUGCUGCCAGAGUUGUGGUCCUGGAUAAAGUCACUGACCUGCUGCUGUUUUUGGGGAAGCUCUUGGUAGUUGGCGGAGUUGGCAUUCUGUCCUUCUUCUUCUUCACUGGGCGAAUUCCCAUCGAUAAACCCGAGUUCAAAUCCCCCGUCCUCAACUACUAUUGGCUGCCCAUCCUGACUGUUGUGGUAGGAUCCUACUUCAUAGCCCAAGGUUUCUUCAGCGUCUACAAUAUGUGUGUCGACACUCUGUUCCUCUGUUUCUUGGAAGACCUGGAGCGGAAUGACGGCUCCGAGAGGAAGCCGUAUUACAUGUCCAAGUCUCUCAUGAAUAUCCUCAACAAGAAGAACAAGAUUGGCAAGGCCAAGUAGAAGAAAAUUUGGUGUUACUGGUCCAUAUCAUCUCUGCCUACAGUAUAUCGCUUCCUGGCUUUUAGGCCCCAGGCCUGUCUCAAGAGCACCUUAACAUAUCCCUUCCCCUGCUUUGCUUUGCUUUCCAGUGCAUUUUGGAACACAUUUCAGCCUUUUGGGCCUUGCCACUCUUGCCUCAUGUUGUCUUGCUCCGUGUCGGCCAUAUUGAUUUCUUAAAUGGUGCCAUAUUGAGAAGACCUCCUCCUCCUCCUCCUCCUCCUUUACUAGCUGUCUUAUUUUAGAGCCCACCUUUUAAAUGAAGGCAGCCAUUUUAACAUGUUGCCCUUCCCUCUGGUCCACCCAUCUGGUCCAAAUCGGGUGAUCAG